AUGAAGGACGAAAUAGAAGAAGGAGAUGAAAAAAAGGAAAAUUUUCAAAAUAGACAAAGGGAGAUUGAAACAAGUGAAUAUAAAACAAAUCAUGAAAACAACAACAAUAUGGAUGAGAUAAGAAAAGAUAAUAAUAUAUCAAAUAAUAUAAAUGAAAAUUUAAAAAGGGACAAUUCUAGUGAUUAUAAUGUUAAAGAAAAUAUACCUAUGGUACAUAAGGAUAGUAUUAUAAAAGAGGAUAUAUCAUCAAAAAAUGAUUUAAUUCUAGAUGAUAAAAAUAAUUUUGUAAAAAACAUGAUUACACCUGAAAUACAAAAUGAACAAAUGAUAGAUAAAGACAUGUUAAAUAAUAUAAAGUUGUAUAGCAAAAAAUUUGAAGAAAAAAGGAAAAAAGAUAUACUGAAUAGUUAUAAUGAAUAUUAUAAUAAUAAUAAUAAUAAAGGUACAAAUAAAAAAGACUAUUCGUCAUAUUUAGAUAAUAACAAAAAAGUACUGAAAGAAAAAUUAAAACCUGAUAUACGUGAUAUAUUUUAUAAAUCUCAAGAAAAAGAAAUCUUUGAAUAUAUCCCAGAUAGUAGUAAUUAUUAUGUAUGCCAUAAUGAACCCAAAGAAUUAUAUAAAGAUAUAGUAAAUCUGAACAAAAAUAUUUUGGAUAAUAUAAAUAUUAAUAUAUAUUCAUCACCAUUAGAUACUUAUUUAUCAAAUAUGAUGACUGAGUACAGUGAAAAAGAACAUGAACAUAUCUUAAAAGAACAAAAUUCAAGUAUUAUACUUAAUGAUGAAGAAAAGAUAAAAAAAUACAAACAAGAAGAUAUAGAAAUCAAGGAAUUAAUAGACAUUAGUACAUAUAACGAACCAAAACAUUCUUAUGAAUUUUAUAAAAAUAAAAUUUUAAAAAUUUAUGAUAACGGAGUACAAGUUGAAAUUCAACCAGAUAAAUUAAAAUAUAAUAAUUCUACUUAUUAUGAAUAUAAUCAAGGAAUGAAAAGUUUUCUUGAAGAUCCUCUAUGUUAUUUACAAAAAUUAAAAUGUGAAGUAGAUGAUAUAUCAUCAUAUAUAAUAGAAAUAGGAAAUAUUCAUACUACAAAGGAAGCGCUGAACAAUGAAGGUAACAACAACAACAACAACAAUAAUAAUAAUAAUAAUAAUAAUAUAUUAAAUGAUGAAGAAAUUAAAGAAAAUGAUAAACUCAUAAAACAUAUAUUACAUGAUAGGGAACCCCAAGAAGUUUUAGUAGAAUUACUAUCAUUAAAAAAAGAUAUAACAAAUAUAUUAAAUGAUGAAUCAUUAAAAAAAUAUUUUCAACAUGAAUAUAACAACAAAGAAAUAUACAAUGAAGGAAAUGAAAAGUGUGAUACAUACGAUAAGAAUCAUAUGAACCAUCCAGUAAAUAUAAAUAGUAAUAAUGCUGAUAUACAUACACUAUUUGAAACCCUACAAAAUUGUGACGACUUAUUUUCUAAUAAUACAAAUAUACAAUCUUGUAGUGAAAAUCAAAUCGAUAAUAUAAAAAGCGUGCAAAAGUUUGAUAUAUAUACAAUAAAAAAUAAAAAAGAAGAAAGACAUAUUCAUGUUACAGAUUUGUUAAAUAUGGAGAAAAAAAUUACUAGAAUUGAAAAAGUUCUAGGAAUUGAUAAAAUGUCCAUGUUACCAUAUGAUGAUCUUAAUCAUGCAAUUCUAGACAUAUAUAAUAAAUUAUCAUUAUUAGAUAAUAACAAAUUAGAGAAUGUCAAAAAAAAGGUACAAAUUCUUCAAUCCGAAUUUCUAAAUUUAAAAAAAUAUAAAAAGGAGCUAUUAAAUAUAUCUAAAGAAAGAGGAAAUUAUGAAGAAACGAUAGAUGAACUUUUUAAAAUUCUAGAUAUAUGGAAAAAAACACAUCAUAUCAUACCAAAUGUAUUAUCAAGAUUAUAUCAACUCAAAAAGAUACACGAUAAUGCUGAUUCAUUUUCUUCCAGAAUUAACGAUUUAGAAAAUGAACAAAUAAAGUUAUGCGACACAUUAAAUAUAGCAGAAUCAAAUAUCAAAUUAAUUAAUUCUAAAAUGGAUGAAAGUAUAGAAUUAUUGAAAAAUACAUUAACGAAAAUAGAAUGUCAAAACAGUACUUAUAAUAAAUAA